UUCCAUUCUAAUCCGCCCCUCGCGUGACCUCAAAGCCUCCAAACCCCUCCUCCUCCCAAACCCUAACCCUAAAACCUCCACCCUCCCGCCGCCGCCGCCGGAUUCCGCUCUCCAGCCUCCGCGCCCCCUGUUCGGAUCGAAACGAUGUCGUCGGACGAGGAGGUCAGGGAGGAGAAGGAGCUCGACCUCUCCUCCAACGAGGUCGUCACCAAGUACAAGACCGCCGCCGAAAUCAUCAACAAGGCUCUGAAGUUGGUCUUGGCCGAGUGCAAGCCGAAAGCCAAGAUUGUUGACAUCUGUGAGAAGGGUGACAAUUUCAUCACAGAGCAGACUGGGAAUGUCUACAAGAACGUCAAGAGGAAGAUUGAGAGGGGCAUUGCUUUCCCAACAUGCUUGUCUGUGAACAACACAGUCUGUCAUUUCUCCCCGCUUGCCACUGAUGAUACAGUGCUGCAAGAAAAUGAUAUGGUCAAAAUAGAUAUGGGCUGCCAUAUUGAUGGUUUUAUUGCUGUCGUGGCUCAUACACAUGUCAUCAAGGAUGGCCCAGUUGCUGGAAGAGCAGCUGAUGUUCUUGCUGCUGCAAAUACAGCUGCAGAAGUUGCUAUGAGGCUUGUUAGGCCUGGAAAGAAGAAUAAAGAUGUUACUGAAGCAAUUCAGAAAGUUGCUGCUGCUUAUGAUUGCAAAAUUGUGGAAGGAGUCCUUAGCCAUCAGCUCAAACAGUUCGUCAUUGAUGGUAACAAAGUUGUACUCAGUGUUUCCAAUGCUGAUACGAAGGUUGAUGAUGCUGAAUUUGAGGAGAAUGAAGUCUAUGCUAUAGAUAUUGUCACCAGCACUGGGGAGGGGAAGCCGAAGUUGUUGGAUGAGAAGCAGACCACCAUCUAUAAGAGAGCUGUGGACAAGAAUUAUCACUUGAAGAUGAAAGCAUCGAGGUUCAUUUUCAGUGAGAUCAGCCAGAAGUUCCCAAUCAUGCCGUUCACUGCUAGGGCGUUGGAAGAGAAGCGUGCACGCUUAGGCUUAGUGGAAUGCAUGAAUCAUGAGCUGUUGCAGCCGUACCCUGUUCUCCACGAAAAGCAAGGCGACCUUGUUGCACACAUCAAAUUCACAGUGUUGCUGAUGCCCAAUGGAUCGGACAAGGUAACAUCACAUUCACUUCAGGAAUUGCAGCCCACAAUAUCUAUUGAAGACAAUGCUGAGAUCAAAGGGUGGCUUGCUCUGGGUACAAAGUCAAAGAAGAAAGGUGGUGGAAAGAAAAAGAAAGGUAUGUAUGGCUAUCUUGGUUCUUCUGCGUUUUGUUACUCUUUGAUACAUGUAGCUUGUACUUACAGAACUUACUUUUCCCAUCUAAUAGGUAAGAAAGGAGACGCAGCAGAAGCAGCAGAGCCUAUGGAUGUUUCAGAGCAGAGCCAAGAAUAAUUCAGACUUUUUUCCUUUGCUUCCGCUGCUUCUGUACCUGCUCCUUCGCUGCAUCUGAUUGUGUUAUAUUACAUUCAGCUGUGGGAAUUUGAGUGUACUUUUUUUGAGGAGUCUGAAGAAAUGAUCAAUCCUUCUGCACACCUGUUCACUUCAAAGCACAAAUUGAUCAUUAUCUAUGGUGUGCUGAAUGUGUACUUGUCAAUUCUGCUUAUAAGUCUGCUUAACU